AUGGACCAUCACCGAGAAGCCCAAAUCGUAGACAAACAUCCUCAACCUAAACCAAGGUCGGAAAGGAUGCAGCCCAACGAUCACUCUCCCGACCACCUCACAAGGCCGCGCUGCCGAGGUCGUGCUGGCUUCGUUGGCUCCAACGCAGAACAACUAUCAAGGCAUAACAAUCGAUCCUCAUCACGCGCGAGCUUUCUCGGUAGACCCCGACAACGCGUCUACCAGAUCUACGAAGGCGAAAACGCGGCCGACAAUGGUGGAACACACAGAUGGAGAAGCGAGUCGAGAACAGUAAGGGGAAGCUUGGAGGAAGAUGAUGGUUUCGUAUUCACCGACGACGAGGAGGCCGAAGGUGAUCGACGCGCAACUUGGGGUCGAUCAAAGCGCGAUAGUACAAAUAAGAAGCUGGCUUCGACAGCAGAAGAAGACUCGACCUCGCGAUCCGAAGGAACUGCUACCACUCUGACUGGAGAUUCUGGCGUAGCCGCUGCUGCUCCUAUCGAUCCCGAAAAGUUGCCCCACCAAACCAAAAUCCCGACAUCGAACAAUCAAGGAGUUCAAAACAAAGAGAAGGACGUCGAAUCGCAACAGAAGUCGAAUCGCAACAGAAGCCGAAGUCAGUACCUCGUCUCUCUCGCAUUCCUUACCCCAUCGCACAUUUCCUAG